UUGGGUGGGCUCGAAAUUCUUCACUACGGAGUUGAGCCGGGCACGCGCAGGCAGAGGGGGGAACUCGCUCGUCGUCCAGUUGGCAAACUGACGAAGAAGUUGUCUUCGGAAACUUGAAGGGUCAAAACAGAGCCACCAUGACUUCGACUAACAUGUUUCAAGGGUUGGAUAGUGGUUCGAAACCGAGUUCAAGGGUGUUGCAGCCUCCUGGAGGUGGCUCCAGCAAUCUGUUUGGUGGCUAUGAAGAGGACUCUGCAGCAUCAAAAAGACCCAAUAAGAUGGCCUCCAAAGUUUUUGCUCCACCAGAGGAAGCCCAGAGUGCACCGAAACGCUCCAAUCCUCCAGGUGGAAAGAGUAGUGGAAUAUUUGGUGAAUCUGAGCCUGCUGCUCAACCACAGAGACCCAUGCCACCAGGUGGACCAACCAGCAACAUAUUUGGGCCUGCAGGCACGGGACCUGCCCAAAGUCCAAGCCGAAGCCACCCAAAUAAGCCAAAGGACAACCUAAGUGUGGGACCUGAACCUGAAUCACCAGUUCCUCAAGCUCCUGAAGCCAAAGCCAGCCAGCCUGAGGCGAAAGAAGAAAUUGCACCCCCAGCCGAUGCACCAGCUAAGGAAGAGCCACCCGCUGCCAUUGCCGCUGCUGUCUCGGCACCCUCGGAGCCUGAACCCACACCUUCCUCAUUUCCUGAUGACACUUCGCCGAAGAACCACGAGCCUCACCUGGGACCCAAGCCUCGCUCCCACAACAGGGUCCUCAACCCUCCUGGAGGAAAAUCUAGUGUGGUGUUCUACUGAUCAGCUGAGCGUGCCACCUCUCCGAAUUUGUGUCCAUAAACCUCUUUGUGUGCUCCCCUGUUAAUCUUCUCUCAUUCCUACACUGCUCUUUUGAUGGAAUGUGAUCUGUACACCUAAAUACAGCCCAGUUAUUGUUGUUGUUCACACCUGACGCCUGGGCUCAUAAGUUGUCCUCAAUAUCUUGCACUUUCAUCCCUCGUUUUUGACUUCCUGCCAUCUGUCUUCUCCUUGAUAUUCUUCUAUAAUGAAACAUGCAAUCAUUACAAUCACCAAUGAGUCAGCUGAAUGGUUAGCUGUCACCUUAUCACUUUAACUGUAACACAGUUUGGUU